UUCAGAACCAAAAUAAAUGAAUACAAAAACCUUUUGUUUUUAAAAGAAUAGAGUUAAUUUAGAACAACUUAAACAAUUACAAAGAGAUGUAUUAUAUGUUUUAAAUUUAUCUUUAGCCCUAGUUACUUAAACUAGCUUAAUAAUUAAACAGAAAUAGAACAUAAUCAAAUGUUUCAACAUCUAAGCAAAUAAAAGUUGGGAAUCAAUCUAUUUCCAGAAUAAAAUUAGAAUCAAUAAAAAACGAUUCUAACAAUGAUUCCUCAAAUUAGAAUGAUGAAAAAGCAAAAUAAAAAUUGAUCAUAACAAGUAGAUCAGCAUAAUUUACUAGAAAACAUAACUUGAUAAAUCCUUUACAAUUAAAAAAGGUACAUCAUGGAAACUAUUUUUUUGAAAAAAUCCAAGAAAUUUUAAUGAGCAGUCUUAAUGAUAAUUCCCCUUUAAAAAAAAUGAGUAGAGAUGCACUUAACCAAAUACAUAUGAUGAUUACAUACUAAGAAUUUAUUCCUGAAGUUUCUCUAUUAUAUUAAGGGAAAUCAUAAAAAUAGUAUAAAAUAGCCUUUGAUCUCGAUGAAACUCUAAUUCAUGCAGAAGAAGUACAAAAGGAUAAAGUUUAUGAUUUUCAAAAUAAUGAAUUUGGAGUGUUUAUUAGACCAUAUUGCCAUCAUAUACUUAAAGAAUUAAGCAUAUUGGCUGAUUUGUUUAUUUUUACUUCCGCUAAUUAAAAAUAUGCAAAGACAGUACCAUAUUAUUCUUUAAUUUAGAUAAUUAAUCUCAUUGAUCCAGAAAAUACAUAUUUUAAAGGUCAUUUUUGCCGAAAUCACUGCAUUUCUCUAUAAAGCAGAAUAUAAUUAAAGCAUUUAGGAAUUCUAUCAAAUGAUUUUUAGAAAAUUGUAAUAAUUGAUAAUAGUCCAAUUUUUUAUAUGUAAUCUAUUUAAUUUAAUUUUUUAAGGGCUUAACCGUAUAAUGGUAUACCAAUAGCUCCUUUUAUUGAUGAUACAUAAGAUACAGAAUUACUAAAAUUGCUUAAUUUUUUGACUGAAAAAAUUUUGUAAUCAGAUGAUGUUAGAAUUACGAUAAGGAGAUUCUUUCAAUAUGAUAUAUUUAGGCAAUUUUCUGAUGGAAUCUCUGCAUUUAAUAUAUUAUAUAAUUGA